AUGGUGUAUCAACCUGCACGAAGUACCACGUACAACUUCGCUGUCAACCGAGGGCUUACACGCGCCAACUACCAGACGGUGAGCACCGAAACAUACCGCCCCAGCACCGUGUACGAAAGACCUUACAAAACUCCGAUGAACUUCGCGUUCGUUGAGGCAUCGCGUCGGCAGAAACGACCCACAACGAAGGCACCGCGCACGACUUCCCACUUUGUUGCUGACAAGAACGACACCGCCACCGCCACCGCUAGCGAGAGCUCACGCGAUUUCAGCUUUACAACGGCCGGCUUCGACGAUGACGCGUAUCCCACGAUGAUUUCGUAUCCUGUGGCCCCAGAAGACUAUUGUGAUUGCAUCACAAUCCCCGACGACACCGACUUUGCCGUGGAUAUCUGCACGGACGACGUGAAGUGGGGGGCGAGUACUCGGACGGCACUUGUAACGAGGUGCAGUUCAGUAUCGACACGAUGUACGAGAGUUGCACCCCAGCGGACUCUGUUGAAGACCUCGACUGGUACGCUUACUGCGCAAUCGACUUCGACUAUUCACUGGAAGACACGUCUUCGUCUAGUGUCGAGUCAAGUGCAGAGGACACUUUCCAGAGCUCCUGCCGGCUCAGAUGAAGCCAUUGCCUCGAUAUCAAGUGUUGAUCAGUCAAUGACUAUUACGUCUGGGGAGGGCUCGGCGUCGGAGGAAGAAACGAUAACAGACCAGGACCAGGGUGCGUCCUCGAGCCCACCGCGGUCGAAGAAUCGGCUCCAGCUGCGUCCGCAGCUCAAGCGUCUGCAGCCAACACGCAGCGAUCGAUUCUUGAGCGAAUGCUAA